GGUCCUCCGUAGACGCCAUUUUAUUGCGAGGACGAGACUAAGCGAGUUCUAUUCUCUGAUUUUGUGUACCAACUCAGCGAGUUACAUCUGUGCAAAGAAACUCAGCGAUUCGUACGUGUUGACUCACCGUGUUUGUGAAUCGACUAGUUUUUUUUUUUUAUUCACAUGGUUCAAUUGAUGAGUUCGGCUAUGGCCGAGUUGAAAGGCAAGGGUUCCAGAAAGGCGACGGUGAAGAUGGAGAUCGAUGUUGAAGACUUAUCGGAUUCUCUAAACUCGCUUCACAAGCGACCCAAACUCGACUCGUCUUCUCAGGAAAAUAUGAGUUCUGAUACAUUUGGAGACCAGUCGUCGAUGUACAAUCCUCUUAAUGAACCAAGUCCACUGGGUUUGCGUCUCAGGAAAAGCCCCUCUCUUCUGGACUUGAUCCAAAUGAAGCUAUCACAAGAUGGUGUAGCUAAAUUGGCAACUUUAGGCAAGAAAAAUCUCAAGGGAAGUUCUAUUUUUAGUAAUACAGAUAAGCUCAAGGCUUCCAAUUUCCCAGCUUCAGUUCUAAAGAUAGGAACUUGGCAGUACAAGUCGAGGUAUGAAGGUGAUUUAGUCGCAAAAUGUUACUUUGCAAAGCACAAACUUGUAUGGGAAGUGCUUGAUGGUAGUCUUAAGAACAAGAUAGAAAUUCAGUGGUCAGAUAUCGUGGCUCUCAAGGCUAACUAUCCAGAUGAUGCUCCGGGGACUUUGGAUGUAGUGCUGGCUAGACCGCCCCUUUUCUUUAGGGAGACCAAUCCCCAACCAAGAAAGCAUACCUUGUGGCAGACAACGUCUGAUUUUACUGGAGGACAAGCGUCCAUACACAGACAACAUUUUCUACAGUGUCCACAAGGCUUGUUGGGGAAGCAUUUUGAAAAGCUAAUCCAAUGCGACCCUCGUCUGAACUGUCUAAGUCAACAACCAGAGAUUGUGUUAGAGUCUCCUUAUUUUGAACCCAGAAUAACAAGUACUGAAGACAAGAAUGAGCUUAGCAAUGGGUUUGAUCUAAAGACGGAAGACAGGCCUGUUUUCUUUGGUAUACAUGAUACAACAUCAACAUCUGGUGCUCAGUCAUCCUCCAUAAACGAACAGGAAUUCACAAACAGAGCUCCUGAAAGUUAUAGCUCCGAAAUUUCCUCAGCUUGCUCAGAAUUCAAGAGCGUUGGAGCAGAGAACUCCAAGAUGCUAAGCAGGUGGGAUCAAAUCAAAAUGCCUGGAAUUCACCCAUCAAUGUCAAUGAGUGAUCUAGUGAACCACAUUGGAAAUUGCAUAUCUGAGAAAAUGACUUCUUCCACAAACCCUGCCUUUCCUGGAAAGCAAAAAAAUGACAAGGGCAUUCUGGAGGAGAUUACACAGUACUUGUUUAAUGAUUCUCAGUUUAAUUCGGCCUCAGAUGAGCAGUCCCUUAUGACAAGGGUCAACUCCCUGUGUUGCCUUCUGCAGAAGGAUUCUUCAGCAAACCAACUCUUCCACUCCAUAAGUGAUGACAGUAUUAGUGUUGAUCCAAACACUGAAGGGAAAACAGGCCAAAUAAACUCCAACUCUGGAUUGGCACCCGAGUCCAAAAGGGACAACUCCAUUGAUGGUUCAGAACGCAAGCAAUCUCAGGAUAUGUCCAGAAAGGACUCGUUUGGGGAGCUUCUUCUCUCUCUUCCAAGAAUAGCUUCUCUACCACAGUUUUUGUUUAACCUGUCCCAAGAUUCGGAUAAUCAAGCCAGAUAAUGAUUUUCAUCAAACUCCCAAAAAAUUUAUGUAAAAAUAGUAGGUUGAGAUAUAGUGACGUAGACAUGUUUGUAUUCUAAGAGUUAUACUUAUAGAAAGACUAGUAGGGUAGUUUUGCUUGUAAAUAUUUUGUAUUGUCUCCCUCUAAUGCCUUGGCUUGUAAAUCAAAAAUCGACUUUUGCAGUAA